UCAUUGACUCUCCACCUCCAUCAUGGGACGUUCACAUUCACUUCUCCAAUUCCCCAUUUAACUACCCUACUCCUUGUCUCCUCGGCUUCUUCGUUUUCUUAAGCCGGGAAAUACCAAACCGUUUCCAAAGUAUUUUUCCAACCCUGCAGAAGAAGAAAACAAAGCUUCAGUUUUGAGCUUAAACCCAACAAUGCCACCUUGUUUCUAAGUCAACCUAUAGCGUUCACUUCCUCAAAUGGGUUGCUGUGUAAGCACUAACAGAGGGGAACCUCGUGAAAAGGAAGCACAUUCUUUUCACCAAAAACCAAGCCUUGAAAGCAGAGCUCCACCACCUUCAGCUGAAGAGGAAACCGUGAAAGAGGUUUUGUCUGAAACUCCAAAACCCAAAGCUCACAUCUUUAUUCCACAAGAAGAAGAGAACAAGAAAGCCCAGAUAGAAAAACCAGCCUUUGUUAAGAUCCAAGAAAAAGAGAGCCUCAAUUUUGACAACAAGACUGAGCCAAAAUCACCUGUCAUUGAAGAGUCAGCUUCAGAAGAUGUUUCCGAGAUUUGCAGUGUGAGUGUAAGUGAAAGCGUUUCUACUAUAACUGAUAGAAGAGAUGAGGAAGAAGUGAGGCAGCAAAAAAUUUUCAGAUCUCCGGCAAGAUGCGGGUCAAGGAACCGGGUCGUGGGUCGGUCACCUACUCGGAAGCUUGACCAGUCGCCUGGCAGAAGACAUGGGGUUGCUAAUGGGGGACCGUCAGUGAGGUUGGUUCAAAGCAGGGAAACCCCAGUGAGACGUGGGUUAAGACCCGACCCGUCAAGGAAGGAUCCGGGUGAGAGUUCAGGGAGGAGGUCAAGGUCACCUGCUGUGAAUAGAUCUGUAAUGGGUCGUAGCCCGUCUGGAAGAAGGACUAAUCAUUCUCCUGGUAGGGUCAGAGGUGACGCGGGAGAAAGUGGUAAUAGCAAAAAGGUGGAGCAGCAUCAGCACCACCAUGGUACUACUACUACUACCAUGGAAGGGAAGUGGCCCAGUAGCAAUAACAAUGGUCCUACAACAAGUGCUCCAAAUGAAUCACUUGAAAAUCCUCUUGUAUCCCUUGAAUGUUUCAUCUUUCUCUAGAGAUGAAGAAAUGCACCUUAAGUUUCAUUUUGUAAUUCCACUUUCUUUUUCUCAACAUGAACUUUAUGUUUCUUGUCUCCAGUUUGUGAAUAUUGAUUUAAGUCAAAGGUCAAUCUGAACUGGAAGUGGAGGAUUUGGUGUGUAAGUUCUGUAUUUCAGAAUUCAGAACUCAAAGCUGAAGAGAGUGAGGCUGUUGUCUUGUCUACCACUGCUGGAUUUGAAGUUUUGGAUACCUAGAUACGUAAUGCCAUUUGAUUGACCACUAUAUUAAUUUAUGCUAUAUUGUAUUCUCCA